AUGACUGACAUGAACAACGAGCCCUAUCUCGGUUAUACUCAGCACACAGUAUGGUCUUACUCUGAGUUCUUAAAUCUUUACCGCGAUGUUAUUCUUUCCUCAAAUCCUUUUUCGGAUGAUUGGAACACCCUUGACCUCACAUGGUCUCGUAGAUUUUUGAGAGAAGCAAAGGAACUAAAGAAAACCAACUUUCCAGCUUUGGAAGAAAAGAUAAUAGCAGAGCGUGCACAUAUCAUUGGAAGUAUGAGUUUAUAUGGAGAAGUUGCAAAAUACAACUCUAAUAAAUUAAUUGAAGAUGUUUCCAGCAAUCCGCUUUUGGUGUUUAAUGAAGAAAAGGGCACCAACUUAGUUCGUAAAUGGAGUAAUGAUGGAGAAAUUACGCCAACUAAACGG